CCGCCGCCUCCUCCACCCGUUCGUUUUCAGAUCCAGCGAGAGAAAUCCGCAAUCCACCAAAACCUAACCCUAACCACCAGCAGAGGAGGGGAGAGGCGGAGCAGAUCCAGCCAUGUUAGUCGAGAAGAUGUUCGCCGUCCCGAUGGCCGCCGGCUACGAGGGUUUCCCCUUCAUCGCGACACAGGCGGAGAAGGAGAUGGCGGAGGCGUUCGCCGGCAAGGCCAGGGCGGAGCGGCAGCCGUACGCCCUCAAGGCCAAGGCGGAGGGGGCGAGGUUCGUUGUCAAGGCGGGGUGUGGCUCUAAGAGGAAGGCGGAGGAGGACCGUGAGGAGGACGCGGCGUUCACCUUCAAGGCCAAGUCGGAGGAGGAGGCGGCGUUCACCUUCAAGGCCAAGUCGGAGGAGGAGGCGGCGUUCACCUUGAAGGCUAAGUCGGAGGAGGAGGCGGUGUUCACCGUGAAGGCCAAGGCGGAGGAGGAGGAGGAGGAGGAGGAUGAUGACUGCGACUCGGACGAAGAGGAGGAGUUCAUGGUCAGGCUCAUCGCAGACUACAACGCCCAUGCCGACAAGCUCAGGGCUGACCAUCCAGGGAUGAAGUACAAGGACUACAGCACUGAGGAAUACGCCUACAUGCGCCUCCAGCCGGAGGAGGUGGAGGACGAUGACUGCAACAAGAUCGAGAAGCUCAGGGCUGAAUAUGCCUACUUGUUCUGCAAGCUGGAGGAAGAGGGUUCCCAUGGUGUUGAUGGGCUUGUUCGGGCGUGAGAUUGUUCCUCUUGUAAUUUGACUGACUGGGAUGAAGAGGUUUACCAAUGCUAUCUAUCUACACUAGUAGUUGAUUGAUCCGGAGGAUUAGUCAUCAACCUAUCUGUGUGUGUGGUCUUAGUAUUAUAACUUUAGAGGCGCCCUUGAACCAAUGGCAAUGGCAUGUAUCUACUAUUAGCAUUAUCUCAUCUUAACUCUGCUAUUCCUCAGUUGUCUGUGAUGUUUGAUUUUAUCUGA